AUGACUUUUAAAGACUUUGAAGCUUUCCACGCUAGGGCUCUCAGGGAUGGCCUCACGCAAGAAGCUGCAUGCAAAAUGGCCGUCAAGCGUUGCGUCGUAGGAGAAUGCAAUAAGCUCGGUCUAGCGACAAAGCACAACCAAGCCGUACUAGAAAAGGCCCAUGACUACUGGAAAGAAUUGCGUGGUAAACGUUACCCGCUUCCAAAGGCGUGGAGUCUCUGCGAGGAUUUUAUCAAGAAGGAAGUGAAGCGCGAGUACGACAAUGACUUGCUCGAUAGAACCCACAAAGCCUUGGGGAAAGGUAGAUCGCCAUCCGGAUUCGAUAGCUUUGCGGGCAUGAAAAAGGCCAUUCCCAAGCACAACAGGGGCAGCCUCUACGACGAAGAUGUGCGCGCACUAAAGGCGCAAGCGCGUGACCUUCCGCAUGUUCGCGUUCGGGUCGACGAGCGUUGUUCUGGUGGACGUGAUGACUGGCAGGGUAGUGAGUCAGAUGAGGAUGAGGUGCGUCCUUCAGGCGAGCGAAUGCAAGCAUCUCGUGGCACUCCGAAAGCUACCACUACGCCGCACGCGUCUCGUGGGCAGCCUCGCACCGAUGCUUCUACACAGAACGAUCUCCGGCAGUAUCGUACUCGUGAAACCGUGCCUGGCUAUUCCGUCAGCUCCCAAUCGCCCCAGGCCGCCUCUCGUCAGUAUAGCACUCGUAUAGUUACGCCUGGCGAUGGCAACUGUCCCCAACCACCCCAGUUCUACUCCCCUUACUAUCCACCUCAGGCCUACUCCCCUUACUAUCCACCCCAGGCCUUCUUUCAUCCUCCACCACCAACACCACCCCAGCCCUCCUACUACCAAGCGACUCCUCCACCGGAACUUGGCGUGAAACCAAAACACGAUCUUUACGAAGUCUUAGGAGUAGACAAGUCAGCAAGCGCAAGCGAUAUUACAAAAGCAUAUCGCAAAAUGAGCUUGAAGCACCAUCCGGAUAAACUGGGCUUGAAAUACAGCCCCAAUAAAGUCCCCGAGGCCGCCCAACAAGAGGCUAAUGAGAAGAUCAGGGAGAUUACUGAGGCGAAUCAGGUGUUGAGCGAUGCGGAAAAGAGGGCCAAGUAUGACCGGACCGGAUGCAUUUAA